AUGGGAAGUUGUGUAUCCUCGAACAACUCGAAUUAGCCAGGUUAAAAGAAAAAGCCUCAAACAACAACUGGUCCUCACAAAGGAAGAGCAAUUAAUAGCACUCCUAACAAAGGAGGAAAUGCUACAAGUUACAAUAAUGGAACCAAUGUAGUCGUUAUUGAUGGAGGUGACAACGAUAUCUAAGAUAGUUUUCAUAAUCACCAUGAUAAUGAUCAUCACCACCAUGAUAAAGAUCAUCACCACCAUGAUAAUGACCAUCACCACCAUCAUGGACAUGAUGAUCACCAUCAUCAUCACCAUGAUAAUCAUAAUAAUGAUGUGCAUGUAAUUCAAGACGGAGGGCAUAGUCAUGGAGGACAUGAUCAUGGAGGAGGGCAUGACCAUGGAGGAGGCCAUGAUCAUGGUGGAGGCUACGAUGGUGGCGGUGGUGGAUACGACGGUGGUGGAAACGAUGGAGGUGGAGGAGGCGGCUGCGGCGGUGGUGGCUGUGGCGGUGGCGGCUGCGGCGGAGGAGGUGGAGGAGAUUGA